AAUUUUGAGACGCAAACCCGCAGAAAAUAGCAAAACCCCGGUUUGGGUUUUUGGUUGAAACUCUCUCCGGUUUUGCCUCCUCAGCGCCACCGUGCCGCCUUCUCGAAGAGGAAGUAGACUGUUUCACCAAGCCUCCAAGUGGGAAUAAUCCGAAAUUGUUCAUAAAAUUGCAGGGAUAAUUAAUAGUAUUAAUAAUACCAGUAAUAAUGGGGUGUCGGCAACGGGAUUUCAUGUUCUGUGAAAUGUGUGGAACGAUGCUGCGUUUUAAUUCUCCAAAGUACGCUCACUGCCCCGUCUGCAAAUUCAAGAAACGUGUCAAAGAUAUCGCUAAAAGGGAGAUUCGCUAUACUCUUACUGCUGAGGAUAUUAGAAGGGAGUUGGGCGUAUCCUCGUUGGAUGAAGUUGAAGAAGAAAAAGAACUAAAGCAAAUGGAUUACAACGCAAAAUGUAAAGCCUGUCAACACUUGGGCAUGUCUUACGUUGCUCGACAGAUCAGAUCUGCUGAUGAAGGGCAGACUAUAUUUUAUACAUGCCCUGUUUGUGCAAGCAGACAGACAGAGAAUUCAUGACAUGACGAUGACUUCAACAUGUUGGAACUGGGGUAUCUUUUAAUAUUUUUCCAUGUUCUUUCUUGAACAGUAGAUUGGGUACUUAAGAUUGGGCGGUUGCAAAAGGGUAAGGAUCAAGCUAAGUUCCUUUAUCCAUCAACCACCAUGUCUUAUCUGCAACAGAUUGGUCAGGAACUCUAGAACUGCAUGUGCUUCGAGCUGGUGUCACCUUAUUGUUUCCUUAAGGCUGCACCGAUCCUGGGUGUUAUUUGUUGUUGUAAUGGUGAUAUUCUAGCUUUUUCUUUUGGAGGAAGGUGAGUUGAAGAAGUUGUUAGAUAGGAAUAUGAGAGUUGAGAUGGAUUCGAGCUAAUCUAGGGCUUCCUCUGCCCAAUUAGGAUAGCGGAAGUGCCUGCCAUUGUUAAUCAGGAGAAAAAUGGAUUUAGGGCGUUGAACAAAGGGUUUGAAUUUGAGUUUGUUUUGUGCAUCUCAAGUUGAAUGGUCUCGGCGUUAUCUUUCCACCUUUGUGAUUCUUUACAGGCUUACUUCUUUUUGACAUGCCAAUGACACUUUUUAAGUAUGAUUCACACCAA